CGUCACGCGACCGCGUCAGUUGGAGAGCGGGCGCAGGUUACGCUGUUCUGCCGCUCGGUGGACUCGAGGAACAUUUAAUGCCGAGAAGACGACUUUAAUUGCAUCGGCCAUUGACCUUAAAGCGGGCCUCUGAGGGACGACAUCUCCAACAAACACCGAUGAAGAAACCUAGAUUAUCGAACUAUUUAGUUUAAAACAAAUGUUUACACAGGCAGCUUCAAAAAAACCUACUUCCAACGAAAAGAUUCUUACCGUAACAUUUAACGAGCUCUUUUAAAAGCUUUGGGUGGUCCGGAUCAAAAACUAAUAGUACAGGUCCAUAGCCAUGGGUCCUGGUCCCAUCGACCCAAAGGAACUCCUGAAGGGCCUCGACUGCUUCCUGGGCAAGGGCGGGGACAUCAAGGGUGUCGAAGAUGCGGCCAGGAUAUACACUUUGAUGAAGGAUGCGAAAAAAUUGGUGAGCAGAUGCACCUACUUGAACAUCAUCCUGCAGACGAAAACACUGGACGUGCUUUCAAGGUUCAUCGGCAUGGGCGGCUACAAGCUGCUCAACUCGUGGCUGGGACAAGCCAAGAACUCCAACAACAUCGCGCUCAUGCUGCAAAUCCUAGUCACGCUCAAGAGGCUUCCGCUCUCCGUUCACCACCUCAAGCAGAACAACACGGCCAAGAUGGUGAAACAGCUGAGCAAGUUUGCCGACAGCGAAGAGCUGAGAGAGGUGGCGACGUCGCUGGUGAACGGCUGGAUGACUGUGAUCCGCUCGCAGAGCGCGGCCAACGCUCCCGUGCCAGCAGAAAGGCCGGAGAAGAAGAGGAGGAAAGAAGACGGCGUUGCCGCAACGGUGCCAACCGGCGUCGUCGCCGGUGCCGCCGGCGUCGCCCCCGGCAACGUCGUCGGCAAUGCCGGCAGCGGCGCCAGCAGCAGUGCCGGCAGCACCACCAGCAACGCCAGCAGCAGUAGCAGCAGCGGCGGCAGCAGCAGUAGCGGCGGCGGCAGCAGCGGCAGUCCCGUGGUGGAGAAGAAGACUGCGGAGCCGCGCGGCAUCGUGCAGCUGGAACGGCGGGAGAAGCCGAAAUCAGCGCGCACGGUCGCACCGUCACACGCUCGCUUCCGUUCCACCGGCCUCGAGGAGGAGGCUCCACUCCCGUCCCAGAUCAAGAAGACGGCGGCGGUGCCCGUCGCGGAGAAGCAGCCGACCCCCGCCAAGGUCCUGCCGAGCAUCACGAUCAAGCGGCAGAGCCCCGUGAGCAUUGGCUCGGGACCCCCAGAGAAGAAAUACAAACCCCUGAACAUGAACCCCAACAGCAACAAGGAGAUCAAAGUGAAGAUCAUCCCCGCACAACCCAUCGAGAGCCUGGGCUUCAUGGAGGCCCUGAACUCGGCUCCGGUGCUCGGCGUGAAGAUCAAGAAGAAGCGGAAGAGCUCCUCGCCCACCAGCGCCAAGUCCAACCCGCUGGACGCCUGCGGAAAGUCCGACGUGCCCUCCAACCCGGCCUCGCCAACUUCGGGGGCGUCCGGCACCACCGCCGCUGCGGGGUCGGAGGGCGAAUCGGGAGCCACCGGCGGUGCCGCAGCCGCCGAGGCUAACGGCGUCGUCACCGCGCCGGCGGUGGCGGCGGCGGCGGCUCCGGCUGCUGCUGCUGCUGCUGCGGUGCCCACGCAAGCAGAGACGGACGGGGAGCCGAUGGACUUUGAGCCGCAGCCCGAAGGCACGGAGCCGGCGCCGGAGGCUCCGGCGGCCGAUCCGGUGGUGGUGGCGGCGGCGGCGGCUGCGGUGCCGCUCGUCGACCGGACGAAAAAGGGCAAGAAGCGCAAGACGGUGUGGUGGCCCGAAGACACGAGGCUCCGGGAAGUCUACUACUUUGAGCUGGACGAGAUGGAGAGAGUGAACGUGAACAAGGUGAAGGACUUUGGGGAGGCGGCCAAGCGGGAGAUGAUGAUGGACAGGAGAGCAUUUGAGACGUCGCGAAAACUCAGCCACGACUCCAUGGAGGAGAAGACUCCGUGGGUGCGUCCGCGUCUGCUGGACGUGGUCUUGGCGGAGUUUGGCACGGGCAGCUUGGAGAAGCGCGUUCAGCAGGAGCGCGAGAUGAGCGUCCUGCAAGAGCUCUUCCUCACCAAAGACAGCGUGCCGGACAACCCUCACGAGCCGGACCCCGAGCCGUACGAAGGCCGACAGCCCAAGCUCAUCCCUCUGGAGGACGCGUCCGCUCUGGAGACCUCGGCAACGCCCGACGCGCAGCUUCCCGCCGGCGCCACUCCCGCCCCUCCGCAGCAGCAGCAGCUUGCGCUCGACGGCUCCGUCUCCGGCCUGCCCCCCAUCCUCGCCAACCUCAUGGGCCUGGACGGCGGCAUCGUCGCCCUCGGAGGGGGGGGGUCUCCCGGCGGUCUCGGCGUAGGGGGGGCGCCCCCCAAACUGCCGCCCGUCCUCGCCAACCUGGUCAGCGGCAUGGCGGCGAAGGCCGGGGUCCCGGCGGGGCCGGCCAUGUUGCCGCCCCCCAUGGCGCCACUGCCGCCACCCCCCAUGGUGCCGCCCCCCCCGAUGAUGCCGCCCGGGAUGGCGAUGCCGCCGCCCAUGGGGGUGCCGCCGCCGGGGAUGGCGGCAGACGUGGCGCUCAAGGGCGUGCAGGAGCUGCUAUCGUCUCUCAUGGGGAACCAGCAGCACCAGCAGCUGUCCGAGGAGCUCCUGAAGCAGCCGGAGUUCACGGAGAAAAUCAAGCAAAUGCUGGCACCGCUGCAGAACCAGCUGCCGCCACCCCCCGGCCCGGUGCCGAUGCAGGGCGGCCCUCCCAUGAUGCACCACAACGGGAUGCAGUUCCCCAUGGGGAUGGCCAAUGGGAUGGGAUUCCAGCCCGGAGUGCGACCGCCAUUCCCAGUGGGGGUCCCUCCGCCAGGCACACACAUGAUGGGCCCCCCACCUCCCAUCAACAUGCCCCCGCCACCAACCCAGACGCAGCAGCAGCAACAACAGCAGCAACAACAGCAGCAACAACAGCAGCAACAACAGCAGCAGCAACAGCAGCAGCAGCAUCACAACAACAGCGGCGGCGGUGGUGGCGGAGGAGGAGGAAACGGUGGAGGGGGCAAUGAAGACUACUGGGAUUCUGGGAAUGAGGGGAUGAGAGGCGGCGGUGGCCGUCCGCCCUUCAUGCAGUCCGGGGGCGGGGGCGGCGGGGGGAGGAUGGGACGGGGAGGGUCGGGGGGAGGGGGUGGAGGAGGGCGGUCGGGAGGAGGCGGGUACAGGACGGGUCGCGGUGGACGUGGGCACAACAACGGUGGAGACAUGUCCAAGAGGCCGAUGUGCAGGCACUUCAUGAUGAAGGGCGGCUGCCGCUACGAGAACAUGUGCGGGUUUUACCAUCCGGGCGUCAACGGACCUCCGCUGCCCUGACCGAAGCUAAACCAUCCCGGGGUGCCCUACUCGUACCCACCCCCCCCCCCCCGCGACCCCCCCACACGCGCUACCGGUAACUGUGGGGGAAGGAGGAGGGGGUGGCGAUGGAUCUGACUUUGAAGUCAAAAACUAUAAAAACCCCCCAGCGUCACUGGGUUGGGGAAGUCGGGCGGGUGGGUGAAUUUUGACGGCGAUCGACCCCGACGGGACGGAGAGACGCGCACGUGCCGCCGGCUGUCCGGCACGGCUGAGAGGGUGACGUGCGUGCGUGCCCGUUGCCACGCGCGGUUGCAAAGACAAGAAUCCGUCGGAGUAACCGCGCGGCCCAUGCCGUGGUUAUACGAGAGGGGGUCGCCACGCUCAAGCCGACGCACGCUCUCCGCGAAGAGAUGCUGCUUGCCCCGUGACCAAUGGUAGAGAGCCGACCAAGGGUUGCACUUGGUGGCGCCGCGUCCGACGACGCGUUUCACUUGGAGAGAGAGCCGGGGACACGAUUUCUCUCCGGCUUGAGGCUGGGAAAAACGCUCUUUUGUGAAAACCGAAAGGAGCGGAUUGGAUUCCCGCGAACGAACACGGCAGCAAAACAAACUACGUGCUCAAUCAUUUUGGGCGUGAAAUACGCCAAGCGGUUGUCAAGCUUGAGUUUGGACGAUGGUCUCCGUUGCCCACUUUGUUUUGCAAGAUAAAAAGAUGUUUUCACCGUUUUUGUUUGAAGACUUAGAGCCUGUGGUAAUUAUUCUUAUUUUCUGAGAAUUUUUUUUUUUUUUUGGGGGGGGGGGGGUGGCGGUUGUGGGAGUUGAACAACGUGCAAGAAUAUUACUUUCGUCCACAUUUUCAGUGCGGGUUGUGUGUCGCAGUAGUUUCCGUGAGCGGAUUUGUGUUUUAUUUAAAUGUAUUAUAUAUAUAUUUUUACAUGUAUAAACAGUGUAUCACUUAAACGGUAUGCCAGGCGUAUCAUCCCAGUCGUGCCGCAAGGACACGAAACCGUUACUUUGAUACGACACCGAAAUAUCAAGAUAAUAUACAGGAUAUGUCCACUGGGCCUCAAAAGAUUUUCGUUUUUUCAGGAGGGCCUUGCCACAUUGGGAUGUUUGGCCAUAGAUCCCACGGGUUACGAGUUUGGGCUUCUCGUUGGGGGGAAGGGGGGGGGGCAGAGGGGGAAGGUACCGGAUAAAACCCAACACUGCGUUUGUAUACGAGGGGGACGACGCGCCGCUGAGAGGCACGCACGGAUACGUUAACGAACCCCCACUUGAUGUAUUUCAAUCUGACCGCCUCACAGCACCACCCCACCCCUCACUCAGUAGUCGUUGUGUCGGAGGGAUUUGUGUUUGUUUAACCAGACGGGAACUCAGGAGAACCAGCUGGUGCUAGGCAGAUACAAGCGGGGUGAGAAUUCAAGAGGACUGGCGCCUUGGAGCUGAGCCGAUGAAUCGUAUUCGAAGUCACUUUUGUGAAACUCCUGUGCGGGACAGAGAGAGGUUUUGUAAUCGUUUUGUCACCGAUGAUCCCAUUUGUCGGAGAGCGAGAGAGGAAGGCGAUGAUGUCAGGAGCAGGCAAGGAUGCGAUGUCAUCACGGCGGGUUUUCCUUUCACGUCGUUCAGAACGAUUGUCCGACGUUUCGCCCGACGCGCGCCCCCGGGAGCUUGCGUUCCCGGGAGCAGAGAUCUGGAUGUUGUGCCGAACAUUGAACACGCAGGCGGCACAACUCGCAAAAAACGCGUCCAUGGGUUACACGGCAACGGAGCUGAAAUCCUGUGCAGUUGCACACCCCCCCACCCACCACCACAAACAUUCCAGCGAAUGCAACGGCACUCGCUGUCUGAAAAAGAGGCUUUAAAAUCGUUUGAGGGUAAAAGAAACAACUGUGAAAUGUGCUGUCGGCGUUGUCACGGCCACGGUUCGUCGUUGAUGGCGUUGUGCAUCGCGAAAGCCGCUGAACGCGCGGUGGAUUUAUUUGUACUUUUCUAAUAUGGUGAAACCACAGAAAGUGUCUCUUAGUUGUUGGCAUCCGCCCGAAAUACGCCGUGAUUCGUGCCUCCGACGGUUAACGGCUGACGGGGGGGCGGGGGGGGGGGGAAGGAAUUUCGCUCGCCGCGGCACGUAACCAGCCCCGAGCAGAGGUUGCAACCGGGUACCCGAUACCCGUACCCUACCCGAUACCCGGCUACCCAUACCCGGCCGGGUACGGGUACCCGUUUGCAACCCUGGUGCGGCCGGGUACGGGUAGGCCCGUGAGUCACUGGUGAGUCACCGUUUGUCACUCAUUUCCCAACGUCUUGUCUCUUCUCACAAUUCAAGUUCCUAGAAUCAACCCACCCGCGCCUGCAACAUGGCUUCAUCCCAGAGGUCGCAAUCGGGUACCCGAUACCCGUACCCUACCCGAUACCCGGCUACCCGUACCCGGCCAGGUACGGGUACCCGUUUACGACCCUGGUGCGGCCGGGUACGAGUAAGGAAUCAAAACCCGUUUGCGACCUCUGGCCCCGAGUCCGUCUCUCUUCCCCACAAAGGUUUUGGAUGCCGUCAGUUCGCCCAACAAAUCUGCAUCCGUUGAUUAAAACGAGACGAAACGAUCGCUUGCAGCAAGCAACAAAACAUUUAAAUGUGCGCAGGUCAAACCGAAUGACAUCGUAUUCUCUGGAUUUCGACGGCCGUUUUUUCUUUUUUACACCCCCUUUAUUUUAAAAAGAGAACUGGUUUUGGGGGGGGCUUUGCAUCCAACAUCUUACGUGACUAGUUGUAUCUUCAUCGGUACAACUUUGUUUGGUGGUGCCUUCAAGGAGGCUCUUAUAAUCCAGAGAAUACGGUAAUGCAUUCCACGAGAAGAUAUUUAAGAGUUCACGACAUGAAUACAGAGGGGAGGGCGGUGGGGGGGGGUUUGAAGCCUAGACAUCGCUAGCAGCCGAUUGGACAAUUGAAUUGUAACCAUGCGGCCGUACGAGUGAGAGCUGCGUUUUGAUUUCAUCUUUAUUCGGACAUCAUUGGCGUCGUAAACGUGGCGGCAAGGUUGUUGGUAGAACUGGUAUCAUAACAGCUGCCCGCCCUCCCCCCUACAAACUGAUGAUCUCUAACGAAGGUAAAACCCUACUUUGGUGCGAAUUAUAAUAAGCACUGUCGAUUUGUCUAAAGAUUAGAGAACUUGGUUGUACGGAUAAAAUGUAAAAUAUGUCCUUCGACUUUAUCCAACUGUAGACCAGCACAAAGAUUGACAGGACAAUUGUUUACACAGGAUAUGAAGAUGAUGCUGUAUAUUAUAUUUUUUUGUACAAAUGGACUUGAGGUGCGUUGUGUGGUGAUAUCCGUGCAAGCUAGAUUUAGUUUUUUCAGAAUUCUGAUUCGGAAACCCAGGAAACAGCCGUUGUGGUUGCAGAAGAUUUAGUCACCGAUGAUUCCAAGUAAAGAUGAACCCAGCAGGUAUUCAGUUUUUUUUUUCGCGGCGCAAGAUUAUUGGGGCUUGUCGCCUGUUUCAUCCCGUGCAGUUGACAAUGCUGUACCUGGUUCCUGUGGUGAAACAUCAACGUACACACCGUUACAACUCACGGAGCACACAAUAGUUUCUACGCUUGCUCCUACCACUGCUGGGCAGAAGGGCCCCCCACCUGGCAGAGCCAUCCUCUGGAAGAGUGUACUUUGGCCUACUCUUCUACGCCGGCAAGAUGUUUUGGAAACCAGUGGGAGUUACCCCCAUUCUUUGCCCCACCGCAUGCAACCUGCCAAUCAAUUAAAUGGCUUGGCCACGCAUGCUCCCGUGUCGACCAAGGCAGUGGGACUUUAAGAAACUUUCCCCAAGGUGUGUAAUGAUUCCGUUGGUGGUAUUCGAGUCGGGUGGUCGCGUUACAUGCGCGUCAGAAUUGGUUCGCGCGCAUUUAACGUGACGUUUGCAAAUCGCUACGUGGGCAUCAAACGGAGUCUAUUCCCCUUUUCGAAAUAAUGUACAAUUUCAACAAACCAAUUGUUACGCAACCCGUUUGUCUUCCCGGAAUAGAGAGGUAUUUAAAUCUGGCUUCGUGGCGUAUUGACAACCCGUGAGUGAAACAAAGCCUUGUGAUGCGGUGUAUAGACCUGUAAAUUUGGGAAUUCAACUUUUUCAUGGAAUAUGCCAACGGAGCUUCCACACACAGACUCUUCCCAACCUUUCUGCUGCUAUCUGGUGUCACUCACGGCUUUGUGCCACACGGUGACAUCUUGAUCCAAGUUCAAACUUCAAGGGCCGUGUUCUCUCUUAUUCAUGGCUCGGCCCUGAAACGUUAAGGCUCGGCUCACGCUCGGUCACUUCCAAAGACGCACGUGGCCUGGCUCAGGCCUCGCUCAUGGAAAUCCAGGAGCCGGCUCAAGUUGAGCAUCGCUCUGAGCCGGCUCGCUCGCCACGCCGGAGCCGAGCCAGAGAAUACGAGGGGGGGGGGGGGGAGGGCGGCCCAAGUGUUAUUUCAAAGUGACAUUGCCAAAUUAGCUGCAAAUCGUGUAAAAUAUUACUGAAUGUUGGUAAAUCGAAAACGUAUAAGGGGGGGGGGGGGGGUGGUGGAGUUUUGCCUUUGUAAAAAUGCAACGGGCCGUGAAAUUCUUUGGGGCACUGACUUUUGUGACUGAGGGUGAAAGAUGUUUUCAUUGUAGUUUUAUUGUAAGAUAUCGCUAUUACUACUGCUACCAUGUGAAUGUUUCAUACCGGUAUGAGAAGCUUUAACAAGCGAGAGAGUUUGUGGAAAAUAAAGUUUCCUUUUUUCUACAA